UUUAGGGGGCGGGAAUGAAGAUUAAAUCGCAAACAGUUAUUUCAAUAUGCUUUAAGCGAGUUAUGCAAAACAUUUUUCAUUUUCCAUCUUAAUUCGCUAACUAGCACGAUACAAUAUGGAAAUAAACAUUGUGGUGGCAGAAGGGAGGAAAGGAUUUUUCUAAGAUGAUAAAAAUAGACGAUUUGUAACUGCCCGAUACCUCAGUCUUUGUGCACGUAGCUUUUAUAUUUAAUGUUUUUUGUUCAUUCUUCCGGGGAAACAAAGAGAGGAAUACUGGUGAACUCGGCGGAAAGAAAACUGCACGUGUGUUCAUUUCAAAUGGACAAAGAUAGAUUGCGUUUAACCGCCCCGAUGUGGCAGAGUGGGUAGACGAUGCAGCAGUUUGCUGAGCUCAUCAUGGCCGGCCAGGCGGUGAAGGACUGCAUCCAGCAGGAGGCGCUCCGGGCCACCAGGGAGUCCUCGGGGCACAAAGCCGCGGCGGGGCCGAAAGCGCAGGCCAGACACCUCCAGGGCAAGCCACCGCCCGGCUACGGCCUGCAGCCGCGCCCCGAACAGAGGGAGCAGGGCAGGGAGGAGGCGAGCAGCUGCACCUGCGGCCUGCAGAACCAGCCGCACACCCGUGGCUGCCCUGGCUACCCCCUGCCCCCCUCCUUUGCAUCCUUCCUGUCCCUGAAGCCCAGAGAGACGCCCUCCUCCCGAAGCAAAGCGCCCAAGUCCGACCGGAACUGUCUGGCCAAGGACUCCGGCGCUGGGUCCGUGGACCCGGGUCUAAGCCUGGGCCUGGGGAUGUCUCUGGAGGGGUCCACCCACGACCCGGACUGCCCCUUCGUCCCAGACCUGGGGCUGACCCUCCCCAAACAGCAGAGCCAGGACUCCACGCAGGGCAGCCCGCCCCUGGCCCCGGCCCUGCCGUGCCUCUGCUUCCAGACCUGCGCCCAGUUCCUAUGCCAGAGCCAGCUGCCGGACUCCCCCGUCCCGCUGGCCCAGUCCCCCGGGCCCUUCCCCUGCUUCUCCUGCCAGCGCAGCUUCCAGACCUGCGCCCAGCUGCUGCGGCACCAGCAGAGCCACGGGCAGCAGGAGGGCCUGUCGCAGCACCUGUGCAUGCACUGCGCCGCCUCCUUCUCCCGGCCGGCCCUGCUGCUGCAGCACCAGCGCUCUCAGCACGCCUCCAAGCCCUGCGGCUUCCUGUGCGCCGAGUGCGGCCGCUCCUUCAACUCGCACAGCAACCUGCGCAUCCACCUCAACGUGCACACAGGCGCGCGGCCCUACUCCUGCGCCGACUGCGGCAAGAGCUUCAGCCAGUCGGGGGCGCUGCGCGUGCACCAGCGCAUCCACACCGGGGAGCGGCCCUACGCCUGCAGCUACUGCGGCCGCGGCUUCUCCAACCUGGCGGGCCUGCGGGCGCACGAGCGCACGCACACGGGCGAGAAGCCCUACCCCUGCCCCCAGUGCGGCAAGUGCUUCACCCAGUCGGGGGCGCUGAAGAUCCACACGCGCAUCCACACCGGCGAGCGGCCCUUCGUCUGCGGCCACUGCGGCAAGGCCUUCUCCAGCCACUCCGGGAUCCGCUUCCACCACCGGACGGUUCACGGCGCCCUGCCGAAAGUUAGCAUCGCCGUGUGCUUGAGCCCGGGCGCCGUCGGCCCCUGUUUGGGCCCCGGCGCAGGCCCGGGGUCUGACACCAGCCUCGGGCCCUCGGGGCCCAACUCUAACGUCAGCUCCCCCGCCUCGUUGUACUCCAACACCAACGCGUGCGGCGGCCCCGGCUCCCACCCCAAAAUGGACGGCAGCCCCGGCAUGGACGCGGGGUCUUCCUCGUUCCCGGGCCCUGCCUCGCCCCCCGUGUCCAGCGUCGACCUCCGAACCGGUGGGAAAGAGCCUCCGGACCCUGCCGUCUCCGGGCUGGACCUGAGUCGUGGCUCGACGGGGGGGGUGGGGCGCGGGGGGGGGGAUUCGGGGGGCCCCAUCCAGGGCCUCGCACCGGGCCCUGGGGCAGCAGAAGGGCCAGACUGGAGCGGUGCAGGAGAAAGAGCCCUGGACAAAGCCGUGGGAGGCUCUAUUUUUGUCCACAAACAAUGA